AUGUCGUACUGCCGCCGAGUCCCCGCCUUCCCGCUCUCCGAAGGCGCCGCGCUGCUCGAGGAGACCGCCACGCGCUUGGCAGCCGAGGACCCACUCAGCGCCGAGGCGCUCGACGGACUCUUCUCCACGAUGGCGUCGAUCCGCCGCCACAUCCACUCCAACCCCGAGCCGGGCUUCGAGGAGGUCAAGACGAACGCCUUCAUCCGUCAGACGCUGCAGAGCCUCGCCGGGCUGGACCCAGCCUCGAUGCGUGACUGCGCCAAGACGGGGCUCGUCGUCGAUAUCAAGGGCGAGGGUCCGCCAAGCGCGGCGGCGAGUGGGCUCAGGACGAUUGCGCUCCGCGCAGACAUGGACGCGCUGCGGAUGACGGAGAUGAACCGCUCGCUCCCGUACCGCUCGACCAACGAAGGCUAUCUCCUCUGCGGCCACGACGGCCACAUGACACGCGCCAAGCCGAUGAUCGAGGAAGGCGCGCUCGACGGCGUCGACGAGUGCUACGGGUACCACAACUGGCCCGCCUUCGAGUAUGGCAUGCUGCACGUCAAGCGAGGCGCCGUCAUGGCUCACCCGACCUCGUUCAAGAUCGUGGUGACGGGCAAGGGCGGCCACGGCUCGCAGCCGCACGUGGCCGUCGAUCCGGUGCUGACGGCGGCGCACAUCGUCCCCUACCACCACGGGACCGAACCCACACUGGAUUCGGCCGUCUGCAGCGUGACGAUGAUCCACGGCGGCGAAGUCUCCAACGUCAUACCCGACCAGGUGGAGAUGCAGGGCACGCUGCGCGACCUCGACCCGACCGUCUGCGAGACCAUGUACCGGCGCGAGAUCGUCGCGGGCGCGUGUGCGGCCGGCGCAUCAACAACUAGCCGCGAAUGGCGAGCCGACGCGGUGGCGGACCUCGCCCGCAAGCUCCUCCGCCGCGAGGAGGCGGUCUCGGAGGACGGCCUGCCGAUGAUGGGCGCCGAGGACUUCUCCGAGUUCCUGCACAAGGUGCCGGGCGCCUUUUGGUUCCUCGGCGGCAACGAGGAGAAGCUCAACGGGUGGGCGCGGCUCGGCGCCGCGGGCUCGCGCUCCAACUGCAUGUGCCACAACACCGCCUUCGACUUCAACGACAACGUCUCGCCGAUGGCCGCCGUCUUCUUCGUGCGCCUCGUCGAGGAGCGGCUCGGCUGCUCCCUGUACAGCGAGGCGGAGCUCCCCUUCCCCCUCCUCGAGGCCGACGGCGCCCCGGCUUGGGAGGGCAGCGGCGCGAACGGCGGCAAGAAGCAGCCAGCGGGCCCUAUCCAGCUGCCCGCAGGCAAGAAGGCGAAAUGA